CGACCCUUAAGAGGUUAUAGCAAGCGCGGGGAAGUUGAGUUGUCACAGUUUUGAGGAUCAUAAAGUUGACCGAACAAAAGGAACAGCUGGACGAUGUCAGAAAUUCUCCCGAUCGGACGGGGGAAUAGAUUCAACCCAUAUCGUAAGGAGAGUGGCAAAACGAACGAGAAAGGAAGAGGAAGGAGCCGAGAGUUUUUAGAUAGUAUAGAGAACAUGAUAGAGACAGAGAAUGACGAGGAGAGUAACGUAACAAGUAAAUUACAAUUAAGAGCAAGCAGUUCAAUUAAGGAAACAGGUUCGCAAUCAAGCGAGAAUCAACCAGACAAAGAUGCAGAUAUGGAGCUGACGGAGGAGAUUAUAGAUUCGAGCCAAGGACCAAGUACUAGGACAAGGAAUGCAGAGGAUGAUACACAAACAACCAACCGAAAGGAACAGGAAAAUAUCAACAAACAAAGGCUGAAAGAUUGAUUACUGGGAAGAACUAUGAACAAAUAACUCCGAAAUAUGAUAGGU